AUUGGAUUUUACAAAUUUACCCCUUAGAAUUUCUUACAGCGACUAACGAGUUUUUACUCCUCUUCGAGCUCGGACUCCAUGAACAGAUCUUAACAAAACCUUCAAAUUUCAUGAACCUGAGAUGCAUAGAAUUUUCUCCAUCGAAUCGGAUACAGCGAAAGACAUUUUUGAAAUUUCAAUGUUCUUGCGAUAGAUUGAUUAGAGUCAAAUGGACGUGGAGAAAUCAUCGCUGUGUAAUUGCGUGGUAAACUUCUUAUUGGAGGAGAAUUACUUGUUAUCAGCGUUUGAGCUGCUGCACGAGCUCCUCGAUGAUGGACGCGAUGAUCAAGCUAUUCGCCUCAAGGAAUUCUUUGCUGAUCCCAUUCAGUUUCCACCAGAUCAGAUCUCACGGUUUAAUUCUCUUCGAGUUGCCGACCCACAGAGUCUACUGGAGGAAAAAGAAGCACUAGAGGAGAAACUAGCAAUCAGAGACUAUGAGAAUCGUUUGGCUCAAGAAGACAUUUUGAAGCUCAAAACUGAGUUGCAAAAGAAAUCUGAGUCCAAACAAGAUGAACCAAGUGAUGCUAAAGCAAAAAACGGGUCAAGUAUUCAACAAAGUGGGGAGACAAAAUUCUCUGAUUUGGGUCCUUUAAAGGCAGAAGAACGUCAUGACCUAAACUGUGCUGUAAAGGAAUAUUUGCUCUUAGCAGGAUAUCGUUUAACUGCCAUGACCUUUUAUGAAGAGGUUACUGAUCAGAAUCUAGAUGAUUGGGAGAAUUCAUCUGCAUCUGUGCCAGAUGCUUUGCGCCAUUACUAUUAUCAGUAUCUUUCUUCCACUACAGAAGCAGCUGAGGAGAAGCUUUCCAUGCAAAAAGAGAACGAAUCAUUGGUGAAAGAAAACGAGAAGCUGAAACAUGAAAAACAGACCUUAUUAAGAAGCAGAGAUUUAGUUGAUUCACAAAUAGCAACACUAAAAAAGUCACUAGAGACUUUGCAGAAGGAUAUCAAGGAGAAAGAUAAUCAGGUUCAAGAUGUAAAGCACUCACUGGAACAAAGAAGAAAAGAAAUAACUGUCUACAAGGCUGAAAUAACCUCACUUCAAAAGCAAACUGAAGCAGCUCAAUCAGAACAUGUGCCACCUGGCGAUGUAGAAGAUGAAGAAAGCUACAAGGAACAAAUACAAUCUCUACAACAGGAGAUUGAAAGACUACAUGCUACAAAAUCUGGUGACACCACACCUGUAAAAAAUGUUGAAGAAAUAACCGAUAGGAAAGAUGAAGUCAUAAAAUUAUGUGAAAACGACAUGAUAUCAUCUUCAACCAACGUGAGAGAUCAAAACACUGCUGAUAAACAUGAGGAAUUUUCUAAAUCAGAUGAUAGAGAUGUGGCUAAGGAUCUCCUUAAAGACAAUAUGCAAGUCAAAACUGAUAAUGGGUUGACUCCAGAGUCAAACACUCCUGUUCAACAUGAUUCUAAAAAGGGUCCUGGAACUAUUCAGAUUCUUUCAGAUGCAUUGCCUAAAAUCGUUCCUUAUGUGCUAAUCAAUCAUCGAGAGGAGCUUCUUCCCUUGAUGAUGUGUGCAAUUGAGAGACACCCAGAUAGCAACACAAGGGAUUCCUUGACACACACAUUGUUUAACUUGAUUAAACGCCCAGAUGAACAACAAAGGCGAAUUAUUAUGGAUGCCUGUGUCACACUUGCUAGGAAUGUUGGAGAGAUGCGAACAGAAACAGAGUUGCUUCCCCAAUGUUGGGAGCAAAUUAGUCACAUGUAUGAGGAACGCAGGCUGCUUGUAGCUCAAUCAUGUGGGGAGCUUGCAGGAUUUGUGAGGCCAGAGAUUAGAGACUCCCUCAUCCUAUCUAUUGUGCAACAGCUCAUAGAGGAUUCCGCCACUGUAGUUCCAUCAGCCUCAGCCUCACUAAAUAUGAUUCCAGAGGCUAUCAAUGGAGAAACAAAGCUUUCCAUUUCCUACAAUGUGGAGGAAAUGAUGUUCCAUUUAGUUUGUGAUCCAUCGGGAGCAGUUGUGGAUACAACUAUUAAAGAGCUAGUUCCUGCUGUGCUCAUGUGGGGUAACAAAUUGGAUCAUAUUUUACGAGUUUUGAUUUCUCACAUGUUGAGCUCUGUAGAGUGUUGUCCACCUGUUUCAGGGGUUGAAGAUUCUGUAGAGUCACACUUCCAUGUUUUAGGUGAAAGAGAACGAUGGACUGUUGAUGUGUUACUUCGGUUACUGAUGCAAUUGCUUCCAAUUGUACACCAAAUAGCUAUCGACACUUGUUCAUAUGAGUCUUUUUCAGAGUCUACAGGAACAUUUUUUUCACUUCAAUUGCUUCAAAAGUAUGCAGAGGGACGUUUAGAUUGGCCUACAUUUGAGUGGCUUCAUGAUGAUUGCUUUCCCAGUCUGAUUCAGAUUCUCUCUCUCUUACCACAAAAGGAAGAUAGUUUAAGAAAACGCAUCUCAAGUUUUUUACUAGCAGUUUCCACAAGAUUUGGGGAGGAUUAUUUAACACAUAUAAUCCUUCCUCUAUUCUUAGUGGCUGUUGGCGAUAAUGCUGACUUGUCAUGCUUCCGCUCCACAUCCCAACCUAAAAUUAAAGCUCUAAGACCAAUAAUUGCUAUGGAUGCAAGAAUUGCCACCUUGUGUGUCCUACCAGUUCUAUUAGCAGGUGUCCUCGGAUUCCCUAACAAACAUGAACUAUUAACUGAAUACUUAAGGAAUCUGUUGAUCCAAAGCGCUGACAAGACAACCCAGUCAGCAAUCCACAGUGCUGACGUGUACAACUCUGUCCGUUUCCUUUGCUUGUUUGAAGAACACCAUAAUCUGGUUUUCAAUAUCUUAUGGGAGAUGGUUGUGAGCUCCAACAUGGAUUUGAAAAUUAACGCUGCUAAGCUUCUGAAAGUGAUUGUGCCUUAUAUUGAUGCUAAAGUUGCUUCAUCACAUGUUUUGCCUGCUCUUGUGACUUUGGGCUCUGAACCAAACUUACAUGUGUUGUAUGCAAGCAUCGAUGCGUUUGGAACUGUAGCUCAAAACUUCAAAAAUGAUGUUAUUGUUGACAAAAUACGUGUUCAAAUGGACGCUUUUCUUGAAGAUGGAUCUCAUGAAGCUACAAUUGCUGUUAUUCGUGCAUUAGUAGUUGCUGUUCCACACACAACCGAGAGCCUAAAAGAUUAUAUCCUUUAA